AUGGGCCCACAGUCUCAGAGCUUGUCAUGUCCUCCUCGAUGCGUGACUGUCAACACCAGCCUGGCCCAGCAGGGUAUAAAAGGUGGACAGGCUCAGAGCAUCUCAUACCGCUUGGCACUGCCACACUUCAGAAGCUCCUGUGAACUUGGUUGCACAUCCAGCCCAGAAUGUCUCAGCAGAAGCAGAAGCAGUGCUUCCCCCCUAUUCAGCAGUGCUGCGUCCCACCCACCAAGUGCUGCCCCCCACCUCAGCAGUGCUGCCCCCCACCUCAGCAGUGCUGCCCCCCACCCAUCCAGUGCUGCCCCCCACCUCAGCAGUGCUGCCCCCCACCCAUCCAGUGCUGCCCCCCACCUCAGCAGUGCUGCCCCCCACCCAUCCAGUGCUGCCCCCCACCCAAGCAGUGCUGCCCCCCACCCAAGCAGUGCUGCCCCCCACCCAAGCAGUGCUGCCCUCCACCCAAGCAGUGCUGCCCACCACCUAAGCAGUGCUGCCCCCCACCCAUCCAGUGCUGCCCCCCACCCAAGCAGUGCUGCCCCCCACCCAAGCAGUGCUGCCCUCCACCCAAGCAGUGCUGCCCUCCACCCAAGCAGUGCUGCCCCCCACCCAAGCAGUGCUGCCCUCCACCUCAGCAGUGCUGCCCCCCACCCAAGCAGUGCUGCCCACCACCCAAGCAGUGCUGCCCCCCACCCAAGCAGUGCUGACUCCCACGCCAGCAGUGCCAGAUGUACAGGUAGAAAUAAGCCUGGACAUGUGACCAGAGGCCAAGACCCAGGAAAAGCAGAGAGCAAGGAGUCAACCCCUUCCUUCAACCGCCAGAUGCCAGCCAUACUCACCCUCACCAGGAAGAAGGCAGCACCAGGAUGGCAGCUUCCUCCAUCUCUACCACUUAUUAACUGGCAGCUGCAAUUUCCAUAUCAGACAAGGAUCUGGUCCUAAACUGUAUAAUCAUCUUUGCUGACAUGUACCUACAUCGCCCUGUCGACUUCUUGGAAACCUGGCUAGACUGCUCAGACUUUCCCUCAGACUGUUCCAUCUGCUCCUGUUUUCCAAAGAAUUAAAUGUAAUUCCUCUGGCACU